AGUAAAAUAAUACUUACUACUGUACCUAAUAAUAAUGUGAGUAUAUUGCUACUAGUAUACUCCUAUCCUAUGUUUGGUUGCAUUGUCAUUGGAUUCCUAAGAACAUGCACAGCCUUGCACUUGCGGACAUGAAUGCUUCACUAUUCUCGAAAACACAGGAUAGAUAGAUACAAAUAAAUAAGUACUACUGGCUGGUCACCUCAUUUUGAAUUGAAUCCAAAACUAUACGACAAAAAGUAGUAGGAGCCAAAUUUUUAUGAAAAAUGCUAAGAAUUCAAAUACGGAGUAAGUUAUGCAAUUAAAGCUUUAAAAAUCUAAAAAAUAAUCUUCUCAAAACAUUUUUUUUGUUUCUUAUGAUACCAUUAUUUGUCGAAGUUGUUGCUGCUCCGUGCAGUAUCCACGGGAAUGCUCCUCAAAACCAAAUAAGAAAGACAAAAUAUACAAAUCAAUUGUUACAAUGUAGUGCCAAACACUAAUGAAUAAAAAACAAUCUUUUCAAUAAUAAUGAAUUGGUCCAAAUUAUAAGAGUCUUAAUUCUUUUAAUCAAUCGUCAAGGGCGUUAAAUCCUUAUCUCUUGUGUAUGGGAAAAAUUCAGUUGGGAUGAAAGAUCACGCUCUAUAGAUUUCUCGACAGAAUAGAAAUAGUAUAGCUUUUGAAGGGCAUUGUAUGGGGAAUCUGGAAUGCUUGCAUGCUCAUCAGUCAGUGUAUGAGAGGGGUAGAUUUUAACUUCACUUUGUGAGAAACAAACAUCAACUGAUCAAAGAUCUCAUUGUCCCAUUCUACCAUCAUUUUCAUAUUUUUGCACAACUUUCCCUCUCUUUUUUUCCCAGUUGUACCUAUCUCACUUUUUCCAGCUACUGCACCCCAAAACCAAAACGUUUCGUGCCUUUUCAUACACUUUUUUUUUUUAUUUCCCUCUGACUCUCUUUCCUCAACUCAACACCAAAGUUGAUGGACCCCACUUGUUCAAAAACACAAACUCAAAAUUUGAACCGCCGAACGUGAUGUGGCAGUAAUGUUCCAAUUCCAACACAAACGAAUCAUCCAAUCCAACACAACUUGCGGGACCAGUUACUUCAUUUCCCUUCCUUUGUCCGUUCCACGUUUUUUUGAAUUUCAAAUCUCCAUAACACUAAACUACUACUAGUAACUACACCCCCCCACUACAUAACUAUACCCCACUAACCCCUCUCUCUCUCUCUCUCUCUCUGGUCACUUUAUUACACUUCGUUCAAAGACAAGACACAAUCAAAGACACUUUGUUAGUAACAUUCUCUCUCUGCAGUUUCAAACCAGCAGCAACAUGGGUGCUUCAGGAAAAUGGAUGAAAGCAUUAAUCGGAUUCAAGAAACCAGACAAAGAUGAACAUGUGAAAGAAGGAGGGAAGAGUAAGAAAUGGAGAUUAUGGAGAAGUUCAUCAGGUGAUAACAGUUCAUGGAAAGGUUUCAAAACUAACCCCCACAAAGCAGCUUCUGAAGGGUCUGAAUCACCAACUGCAGCAGAAGCUUUCACCGCCGCAGUAGCCACCGUUGUGAGAGCUCAACCUAAGGAUUUUAGACUUGUUAGACAAGAAUGGGCUGCUAUAAGAAUCCAAACUACUUUUCGCGGCUUCUUGGCAAGACGGGCUUUGCGGGCUUUGAAGGCAGUGGUGAGGAUUCAAGCACUUGUCAGGGGUAGACAAGUGAGGAAGCAAGCUGCAGUGACAUUGAGGUGCAUGCAGGCCUUGGUUCGAGUUCAAGCUCGAGUAAGAGCUCGUCGUGUGAGGAUGUCCAUGGAGGGACAAGCCGUGCAGAAUAUGCUCAAUGAGCGACGCAGCAAGCUUGAACUUUUGAAGGAAGCCGAGGAAGGGUGGUGUGAUAGUAUAGGAACAUUGGAAGAUGUUAAAUCAAAAAUACAAAUGAGGCAAGAAGGAGCUUUCAAAAGAGAGAGGGCUCUUGCAUAUUCACUUGCUCAGAAGCAAUGCAGGCCAGCCUCAAGCACUAAUUCACGAACAAAUACCUCAUUUUCAUCUCUCAAGAAUCAUGAAAUGAACAAAGCUAACGGGGGGUGGAGUUGGUUGGAAAGAUGGAUGGCAGCCAAGCCUUGGGAGACUAGAUUGAUGGAACAAUCUCAUGCCGAAAGCUUAAAUAAAACCCCACCACCACCUCCAAAGAAGUUUGUGGAAUCCAUUGUAAGCUCUAAUUCGAAACCAUGCUCAGUCAAAAUCAAGAAGAACAAUGUCACAACAAGGAUUUCUGCUAAGCCUCCUCCCCACAUUGGACAAGCUACUCGUUCGUCAUCAAGUCCUAGUUCUGAGUUUCGGUAUGACGAGAGUUCUGCAUCAUCUUCUAUUUGUACAUCAGCAACACCAAUGUCAGGGAACACUUGUGAAAGGACCGAGGAUAGUAGUAGCAGUUCUAGGCCAAAUUACAUGAACCUGACUCAGUCAACAAAGGCGAAGCUAAAAACCGGUAAUCCAAUGUAUAACAGAGCUCAAAGGCAACAAUCAAUGGAUGAGUUUCAAUUUAUGAAAAGGGCUGCAGUUUUCUCAAAUGCAGAUUCUAAAAGCAUAGCUGCUUCUGAUCAUUCACUCAACUUUUCUAGGCCACUUCACCUACCUACCUACUCGGACAAGAGCUCAGUUAGGCCGCGGUGAAAAAGGGAAAUUGAAGUCAGCUUCAUGGAUGCUCAAAAACAUCUCUUUAUUUAUUUGUUUUUCCAAGAAGUUCAACGUCUUGUUGUUCAGUGUAUUUUAAUCAAGUUAGUUAGCGAGUUUGAAGUAGAACUAGAAGUUGUUUAUGUCCUUGAUGUUAGUUGUGAACGGGGAUCUCCAUUUGUAUAAUUGUUAAUUUGUGAGUAUUGAUAAUACUCAGCCUGGAGAGUUUAUCUUCGAUGAAUUGUCAAUUUAUGUGAAAACCACAUUUUGUUAACAA